AUGACAUCUGUCAGCGCGGCGACACAGACAGCCACACACGAGCUGCAGCCUGCACCCCAAGCCCCAGCAUCGGCAUCAGCACCAGCACCAGCACCGGGCGGAGGACAUGAUGGCCGCCUGAGGUACGCGAAGCCACAAGAUUUGCCGUCGUACCCGUCUCUCGGUCUCCGAAAAGGCGAUGCUGCAGCGAGCGCAGCAGCCUCACUAGGCUGGGCCUCCUCCAAGCCAGUCACCCUCUGGACUCCUGGAAGCGACUCCUCCGCCCACAGGGCUGCUACUCUUGCAAGUGACUACAAGAUGCCUUCACCCUGGAAGCCAGACCCCAGCCCCGCCGGCUCCAAGACCGCCGCAGUCCUCGCCGCCGAGAACGCCACCCGCCACGACAGGCCCUCGUCGGGUUCUCAGCCCGCCAGCGUCUGGGGCAACUCGGCCGCGAACCAGGCUUUCGCCGCCGGCCGCAAUCUCCCGCGGGACUCGGCCGCAACAGAAUCAACGGCAGCCCUCGACAGGCAGAGGAGUCUGCGCGCGGCCCGGGGCGCCAUGGCUGGCAGCACGCGGCCACGAUCCACGUCCACCCCAAUGGCUUAUCCCGAUUCGGCAAACGCUGCCUCUAACGCCCUCAGCGCUGCCACCAUCGCCCACCGUCCCGCCGCCGCCGGCGCAGGCGAUGCCGGCGCCUCACCCAUCACCAAGCUGGAUCGCCAGAUGUACACGUCUAACCCGCCCGUCAAGCCCGAGGUCGAUGAGCGCAACCGUGAGGCUGUGCUGCAUGCCAGCGCCGUUGCCAUGGCCAAGAAGAUGUACAGCUCCCAGCAGAAAGCAUUUGACGCCGCCAGGCACGAGGAAGGAGGCUCGCGGCCCGGGAGCGCCGACAGCGACCACGUCCGGCCGAUGCAGUUCAACAACCUGCAGGAGGCGGCCUACAAGCUUGCCCAGGAGAGGCUGGCAAAGCUCCACGAUGAACAUCAGCGGAACAGGGGGUACCAGGACUACUACGGCGCAGGGCCAGCUCCGUCUUCUCCGGGGAGAAAAUUCACGAAACUGGGCAAAGCACGGCGUCGCUCGUCUAGUGACAGCGAUGUUGUCCGUACGAUGGCCGAUGACGAUCGGAAGCGAUCCAAGCAGAUCCAGAAACAGAUGUCGCUCUUCUCCACCCGCCUCUCCGAAGUCGACGAGUCCCAGCGCGCCAAGGACCGGGACGCCCUGCUCGCCGCGGCGCAGAGGAACGUCAAGGCUGCCAUGGAGGGUAUGGACGAGAAGAUGUACCGUGACACGGGCCGAGUAGCCCCGGCAAAGCUUAGCGAGUGGGAGUUGAGGGCGCAUGCCACUGCUCAGGCGAGGAGUGAUGAGCGCAAGGGUGGCGACGGCGCUGCUGGGAGAGUGGACCUCGGCGCCGGCCAGUAUAUGGACCGUGAGAGGGUGGAAGAGAUUGCAGCCAAGAGGGUGCAGCCUCUUCUCGAUGAGAUCAAUGAGAAGGCGGAGAUAGAGAGGAAGAGGAUCGUGGCUUUGCGCGAAGAGCAAGAGAAGAAGAGGCUGGAGUGGGAGGCCGAGAAGGCGAGAAACGCAGAGGUAAAGGAGGCCCAGCGGAAGCUCAAGGAUGAGGACAAAGCUAGGAGAGACGAGCUCAAGCAGGAGGCAAAGGCCAAAAAAGAGGAGGAGAAGGCCGCCAAGGCCGAAGAGAAGAGGUUGGCCAGAGAAGAAGGCGACAAGAGAAAAUUAGCAGCAGCAAUUGUUGACUCCGAGGCCCGCGAUGAUGAGGCUCCCAUGGAGGCAUCUGAAAAGGCCCCCGAGGAGAGUACGUCGCAUAAGCACCGCAUCCUCCCCUUCACACCCAGGAUCCAAACCAAGGCAUCACCCGCCAGCAACCGCAAAAGCGACCCGUCGCCGCUGUCACCAUCGUCAAACACGUCACCCGAGUCAGCCACCGAGUCGCCCACCAGCCGCGUCAAGAAUUGGCUCAAGUCCCGGCUGCACAAGCCCCGGGCGAAAUCCAUAUCGGGGAAUAAUAGUGGCGGUGGUGGGAAGUCGUCCGACGCCGGCGGGAAGGUGCCGGGCGGGUUCCUCGGCGGCCACCGGCUCACGCGCCUGCACCCGGACGGCACGGGCAGUAUGACGAGUCUGAGCGAGGAGAGGAGCGCCAGCAUGCGCGAGGUGGCACUCGCGGGCAGGGCUAGCGCACCUAUUGAAGGCCUCGACGAACCGGGAGAGAGCAGUGGUAGCAAGACUGCCGCGGCCGGCCCCUCUGUUGAAACACAUACCGGAAGACAGGGACGAAUCGGCGAGUCCACAAUCAGUGACGACGGUGUUGACGACGCCCUUGCGGGGCGGAGUGAACCGGACAGGUCGAGCUGGGCGCCAGAGCUGGAGGGCAUCGCACCGCCCAGGGCCAUUGCGGAUCCUGCUGUGGCAGGGAUCGGUAUCACGCCACGAAGCAGUGUGGGAAGCGGGAAUAGGGAUUCCAAGUUCAUUGAGAACAUCGACUGA